CCGCGGUCACACUUUUUUUCAACGCCGUCGCUUGUGUGAGUGAGCUGUGAAUUUUUCGUGUAAAUAAAUAUAAGUGGAGCAUAUUAAACGUUAAAAAUAGUCGAAAUGGGCGGCCAUAACGAUAAUCAGAACGGAAACUCCAACGGCCACGAUGAUGAUAUUACCGAGCCGGAGCAUAUGCGUAAACUGUUCAUUGGUGGUCUGGACUACCGCACCACCGAUGAUAACUUGAAGGCGCAUUUCGAGAAAUGGGGACAAAUUGUCGAUGUGGUGGUCAUGAAGGAUCCACGUACCAAGCGGUCGCGUGGUUUUGGCUUCAUCACCUAUUCGCACUCGACCAUGAUUGACGAGGCCCAGAAGGCCCGUCCGCACAAGAUUGACGGACGUGUUGUCGAGCCCAAGCGUGCCGUGCCACGUCAGGAUAUUGAUUCGCCCAAUGCCGGGGCCACCGUCAAGAAGCUGUUUGUCGGCGCCCUCAAGGACGACCAUGAUGAGCAGAGUCUGCGCGACUACUUCCAGCACUUUGGCAGCAUUGUGGACAUCAAUAUUGUCAUGGACAAGGAGACUGGCAAGAAGCGUGGCUUUGCCUUCGUUGAAUUCGAUGACUACGAUCCCGUGGACAAAGUUGUGUUGCAAAAGCAACAUCAGCUGAAUGGCAAAAUGGUGGACGUGAAGAAGGCCCUGCCCAAGCAGAACGAGAUGGGAGGCGGCGGCGGCGGCGGUGGUGGGGGUCGCGGUCAGGGCGGUCGUGGGGGCGGAAGCCGUGGAUCCAACAUGGGCGGCGGUGGCGGCAGCUACGGCAAUCAGAAUGGCGGCGGUAAUUGGAAUGGCGGCGGUAAUUGGGGUGGUAACCGUGGGGGCAAUGAUAACUGGGGCGGCAACAGCAACUUUGGCGGCGGCGGCUAUGGAGGCGGCGGCAACAGCGGCUGGGGAGGCAACAACAUGGGUCCCUGGGACAAUGGCAAUGGCGGCAGCAGCUACGGUGGCGGCGGCUCCAAUUGGGGCAACGGCGGUGGGGGCAACGAUUUCGGCGGCUACCAACAGAGCUACAGCGGCGGUCCCCAGCGCGGCGGCAACUUCAACAACAACCGCAUGCAGCCCUACCAAGGAGGCGGAAACUUCGGCAACAAAGCAGGUGAUAAAUUAGAAGUCGCUCAGUAUAAACCCAAAAGUCACAGUCAAGUAAACGAUACGCAAUUCAAUGAGUAUGAAGAAGUAUGAAGAAGUUUUCCGAGCACCACAAACCAUACCAAAACAUGACAGAGAAGAGAAGAGAGUAAUCAGGAUCAGUGCAGAGCAGAGAAGUGGAUGAGGAUGAGGCUGAGGAAAGGAGAGCAGAGCAGGAGAAGAGCAGUGCAGUUCAGAAAGAGAAAAGAAUGAGAUGAGAUGAGAAUGAGAGAUCAGUGCAGCAGUACAAGUACAAGUACAGAGCAGAGCAGCAGUGUGUGUGCAUCGAUUGAUUACAGAGGGCACAGAUUGAAUAUCAGACAAGGCAUUAUUCAGAGAGAGUCGAAUUGAGUCGAGUCGCACACACACAGCAUGCACACACACAACAAGCAGAAGUACACGUACACAGCAGCUGGCCAGGAUUCGAUUCGAUUCGAUUCGAUUCGCUUCGAUUCACUAAUGCUUAUUGCACUUGAUGAUUGAUUGAUUACCUUCUAUGAGACGCAUCUAAACAAUCCAAUACCCCAUAGAAAUAUAUACUUACUUAAAUUCAAACCAUUUGUAGCAACAAUGCAACAACAACAACAACAAGAACAACAACCAGUAUAAGUAACAUUGUAAAUUAGAUGAAAAGCGCGUACAAGCGAACAUUUGUAUAUCCAAUCCACACAAUUUUUUACCAUCUCUUUACCGUCUUUACCUUACCACCUUGUUACCGAGACCCCAUAAGUGCAAUCAGCUAUGUAAAACUUCAAGGCGGCAGCCGAGAGGCCUCAUUAUUUGUACAAUUUCGAGUAUGUAGCAAUCUGUGCUGUGGCCUGCCGCCAAACAUUUCUGAUAAUCAGUGCGCAGAACACACACAAAACAAACUUAUGAAAAUAUGUAUUACAUUUUACGACUUUCACUAGGCUUAAGUUGUCAUAAUCUUAAAAGAGUGCGGCGCGGCGCGGCGGCAAUGGCAAUCCAUCCUUCACAGCUGCCCCUGCCGCACGCCGCCUUAGCGUUAAUUCACGUGUACGAUUACGAGUACCACACACCACAUUCAGUUUCAAGCGAACUGCUGAACCGAACCGAACCCAACCUUAAUCGUAACCCUAACCGUAACCGUAACCGUUCGGUGGAAUAUCUUAGCUUUCUUGUACGCAUAAGUGACGACAUGGAACUAACUUAUCUCCAAUGUUUAGUUUUAAUCAAGCAACAAUUAAAUGUAAUCUACCUUUUAGCAAUCAGUCUGUAUGCAGUUGUCGUCUGAGGUCAGCGCAAUUAUAAUUAACGAAAUUUUACACUUUAAUGUAGCGAAAUACAAGAUUCGAAAAUA